GGUCUAGAAGCAACAAUGAGCCCAAAGCAUGUCAUCUUCAAGAAAAUAUCCAAGGACAAGUCGGUGGGUGUGUACAUGGGGAAGAGAGACUUUGUUGACCAUGUUAAUUUUGUGGAUCCAGCAGAUGGUGUCCUUCUUAUCGACCCUGAACAGCUGAAGGGGAAGAAAGCGUACGUCACCUUAUCCUGCACCUUUCGAUAUGGACGCGACGAUAUGGACGUGUUGGGCAUCUCGUUUAGGCGAGAAAUUUACCUGUCGACCAGACAGAUCUACCCACCACUGCAGGACAAAGACCAGGGCAUCCUCACCAAAGUGCAGGACAAACUACUGCGCAAGCUGGGCGACAAUGCCUACCCGUUUUUCUUUGAAUUCCCGGAUAACUUGCCUUGCUCAGUAGGACUGCAGCCAGCUCUGAAAGACGUUGGAAAGCAUUGUGCUGUUGAGUUUGAGGUGAAAGCCUUCUGUGCUGAGAGCCAGGAUGCCAAAGUUCGCAAACGGAGCACAGUACGUUUGAUGAUCCGAAAGGUCCAGUAUGCUCCAGAGAAUCCAGGACCAGCACCUCGUGUGGAGACCAACCGAGACUUUCUGAUGUCUGACAAACCCCUGCAUAUGGAGGCAAGCUUAGAGAAGCAGACUUACUAUCAUGGGGAACCUAUCAAUGUGCGGGUGAAAAUCAACAAUGACUCCAACAAAAAUGUGAGAAACAUCAUUAUUUCAGCGGAGCAAAUUGCAAAUGUGGUUCUGUACUCCAAUGACAGUUACACGAAAGCAGUGGCCAUUGAGGAUUCUGGGGACUCAGUUGAAUCUGGUGCCAAACUGGACAAAGUCUAUCCUUUGCUCCCCCUAUUGGCCAACAACAGAGAAAGAUUAGGAAUUGUGCUUGAUGGAAAACUGAAGCAUGAGGACACCAAUCUAGCCUCAUCAAGCAUAGUUAAAGAGGGUGUGCUCAAGGAAGUUCUGGGCAUCCUGGUGUCUUACAGAAUUGUUGUUAAGCUUAUUGUUGGCGGGAUCAUAGGAUCCAGUGAGGUAGGAGUGGAGCUUCCUUUCCAACUUAUGCACCCGAAGCCUGAUACAGUCAAAGAAAGUGAACUGGAGGAAGAAAUGGUGUUCGAAGAGUUUAAACGUGCCUACUUGAAGGGCAUGAUUGAGGAUGACGAUGAAGGGAAUGUGUCAACUGGCGAGCAUUGAGGAACGCCUGUAGUGUAAUUCUGGAUGCAUCUUCCUGCACAGUUAGAGAACACAUCUUUAAAGGGAUAGUUCAUCCAAAAAUUUAAAUUCUGUUAUCAUUUACUCACGCUCAUUUUAUUUCAUACCUGUAUAAAUUACUUUGUUCCAAUGAACACAAAGAAAGAUAUUUGGAAGAGUGUUAGUAAUUUUCAGUUCUUACACAUCAUUGACUACCAUAGUGGGAAGAAUUCAAAGGUAGUCAAGGGUGCCCGAGAACUCUUUGUUUUCCUCAAUUCUUCAAAAUAUCUCAUUAUGUGUUAAACAGAAUAUAAAAUACAAUAUCUUUUACUAUGGUAGUGGAUGAUGUCCCAGAACUGAAAAUUGCUAACAUUCUUCCAAAUAUCUUUCUCUGUGUUCAUUGGAACAAAGAUAUGUAUACAGGUUUGAAACAACCCUUUAAGGCUGUUAAGUAGAAAAGCGUUCUACAUGAGGCUGAUUUAAAGAAGAUCACAGAAUUACGAAUUAGUUUACUGCUGCUGCUUCACAUUGUAUAGCAGUGAAAGCAAUCUAUAGAUGUAUUAUUUUGGGUCAACGUCUAUGUAUAUGAAGAAACUCUUAUGCUUGUGGCUAUGUAGAAAGUCUUUAAAAAUUGAAUAUUCGAUUCCUAGCUGUCUUUAUUGCAGUGAUAGUCUUGUUGUAAUUUUUAGAAAAAAUAUUUACUGUUAACGUAUACUAAAGACAAUGUAUUAUUAUAAAGGAUUGUAUUGUAUAAAAUCCCCUGGACGUUCAAUGUAUUAAAAGCAUGGUUGCUUUAGUGUAAAAUAUAUAUUACAAAGACA